AGGCCCUGUGUGAUCUCUCCCGGGGGCAGUGUGGGCCACAGCCGUGUGGAGCGAGGCACAGGGACUGUGUGGGUGGAGGACCGCCUGGCAGAGCUGAGAGGGACCCCGAAGGCUCGAAGGCCGGUGGUCGCCGGAAGUGGGGUGUAGUCGAUGGUGCAGGACUCCUUAGGAGUGAAGGGUUUGCAGCCGCGUUUGCUUCCUGACAGGGUCUCAGGCGGCCCUCGGAGUGCAGCUGGUGGUGACCCUGUUCACUGCCACCCUCAUGCACAGGCUGGCUCCACACUGCUCCUUUGCCCGCUGGCUGCUCUGUAACGGCAGCCUGUUCCGCUACAUACACCCGUCAGAAGAGGAACUGCGGGUGCUGGCAGGGAAACCAAGGCACAGAGGCAGGAAGGACCGGUGGGCAAAUGGCCUUCAUGACGAGAAGCCAUUGUCAGUGCCUCGAGACGCCCCUUUCCAGCUGGAGACCUGUCCCCUCACUGCUGCGGAUGCCCUAGUCCUGCGCUUCUUUCUGGAAUACCAAUGGUUCGUGGACUUCGCGGUGUACUCUGUCGGUGUGUUCCUCUUCACGGAGGUCUACUAUUUUGUGCUGGGCCCAGUCCAGGAGACCAACAUUGCCGUGUUCUGGUGCCUGCUCACAUUGGCUUUUUGUCUCAAGGUGUUCCUCAUGGUGACCCGACUGUACUUCAGUGCCAAAGAGGGCGGCGAGCGCGCAGUCUGCCUCACCUCUGCCUUCCUCUUCCUGCUUUUAGCCAUGCUGGUGCAGGUGGUGCGGGAGGAGCUCCUGGAGCUGGGUCUGCAGCCAGGUCUAGCCAGCGUUACCCAGAACCUGGAACCUGUGCUGAAGAAACAGGAUUGGGACUGGGCACUCCCCGUGAUCAAGCUGGCCAUCUGCCUUGGGCUGGCGAUGCUGGGCUCCUUGCUGGGCGCCUUACUCAUUUUCCCAGGCCUGAGGCUGGCGCAGACUCACCAGGAUGCACUGACCCUGUCUGCAGACCGGCCGCUGUUGCAGCUGCUCCUGCACACCAGCUUCCUGUCGCCCCUGUGCACCCUGUGGCUCUGGACAAAGCCUAUCGCUCGAGACUUCUUAUACCAGGCACCCAUGAGGAACAUGACCUCUUCUCUGCCGUCAGAAGGGGCCUUCGAUUCCCUGCGUCUCUGGGUUCUGGUGGCGCUGUGCCUGCUGCGGCUAGCCGUGACCCGGCCUCACCUGCAGGCCUACCUCUGCCUGGCCAAGACUCGAGUGGAGCAGCUGCGCAAGGAGGCUGGCCGCAUUGAGGCCCGUGAGAUUCAGCAGCGGGUGGUCCGGGUCCACUGCUACGUGGCCGUGGUGAGCCUGCAGUACCUGACUCCGCUCAUCCUCACUCUGCACUGCACCCUGCUGCUCAAGACCGUGGGCGGCUACUCUUGGGCCCUGGGCCCUGUUCCAACACCACUGACCCCGCGCCAGUCUUCAGACAUUUUGAUCUCUGUGGACCCAGCAGAGGAUGAAGUCCAGCAGACUGUGGCCCAAGUCGCAGGCGUCCUGGGCGGCCUGUUUACGCCCCUCUUUCUUCGUGGCGUGCUGGCCUACCUCAUCUGGUGGACUGCUGCCUGCCAGCUGCUCUCCAGCCUCUUCGGCCUCUAUUUCCACCAGCACCUGGCAGUUUCCUAGCAUGAUGCCACUAGGCACUGGCGUCUGAUCCCAGUUCACAGGAUUGGAACUGUCUGUCCCCUGUGUGUGCACCUCAGUACCCCUAGACAACCUAGGGGUAAGGGUAGAAACUCGCCACCAUCUCUCACCUUAGUGCCUAGAUCAUGGACCCCUUGAAUCAGGUUCCCCUGGACCUGGAGGCCAUGGUCCUCAAGUGUGUGUAUGUGUGUGUGUGCACGCAAGAGUGCAUGCCUGCAUGUGUGUACAGGAUGUCAGUGGGAGGCUGCUCUCAAUAAAAGGGGUGGGCCACUUUUACAGAAAUAUGCCAGAGGCUAGGGAGAUAAGCAGGGGAGACCUGGGUGGUGAGGGCUUAGGAGAGUGGUACUAGGCAGGAGUGGAACAAUGGAGGAGGUUAGGGAUUGCCAGAAAGCUAGGGUGGAGCUCAGGCCCAGCAUCCACGUGUCCCUGGGGUCCAUCACUAUCACUAGGAGGGAAUGAGACAGUGGGAUUAGCCUAGACUAGUAACAAGAUCAUGUCUCCAAAACAAGAAAACAAGGGGGAGGGAGAGAGAACUGUCACCAGCUUGCUUGGAUGCUGUGAGGUGACUGCUGACUUGUAUUCAAGACCCUGGUGACUGAGGGUCACCACCAACUCCAGCGUUGUCCCGUUCCUGUGACUGUAUGUGCAUGUGUUCAUGAGACAUGCAUGGGCUUUGUGGCCCUCCUACAUAUGGAAAAUGUAUAUUGAGAAUAAAAAUGGAGGCCUCCUGUAGUGUUGCCUAGUAAAACUGCCAAUGCCUGGGAGCAGUGCCGUCACAGCCCUGAGGGCUCACUCUGGAGAGAUGGAAAGGACUCAGGAACGUGACAGUUGUCCAGGCCCACAAGUGCCAUUAUGAAAGGCUCAGAGGACAGCUUAGCACGUAGGGCUUGCCUUCUACCUUUGAGACAGGGUCUCUUGUUCAGGGAGUCUCUGGUUUCCACCUCCCACCUUGCCAUAGUGGUGCGGGGAUUACACUUGUGUUGCUCCGUCCCACUUAUGUGGGUUCUGGGAACCUGAACUCAGGUCUUUAUGAGUGCAGCAAACAUGACUAAUGUGUGUAUGCCAUGAAUCCGCAGGAUUUUCUUGAAGGCAUAUCUGGAGUUUCCUGACUCUUGGGAAAGGCUCCCAAACUGGCAUGGACAAAGCUGUGGGAGCUUGAGGAAGGUUCCAUGGGCAUCAAGGAUGGGCAAGCAAAGGAUGCUAUGCCCUGCAGGGGUGCAAAAAGCAGACAAUCCUGAAAAACCAAGGCUCUGCUCUGGAGGACCUGAGAGUGACUUCAGAAUGGAGGGCACACACGGCAGAUGGUCCUACCACAGCACUUGGCUGGUCGGGGGCUGGGCUGCUUUCCAGUGGCUGAAGUCUAUGGUUGCCAAUAAUGACAGAGGCAGGCCAGCCAGUGCUAUGCAAGAAGUUGAAGUCAGCCUGGAUUAUAUAUCUCAGAUAUAUAAAUAAAUAUACGAAGCAUUUUUUAAUCGGCAGAUUCA